AGCAGCAGCAGCAUUCGUACACACAUUUAUCCUGUAGCAGGAGAGACCCUGAAAUUUAGUCUGCAUCAUCAUCAUCAUCGUCCCCGACAUCUCACUGUUUUCUGAGUUUGACUUCCUGUGAGCGGUUGGUCGUGUCGGAGUGUGUGUGCAUGCAGGCAUCCUGUUCACAGCGCUCUCGUGUAGCUGUGACGUUUACUCUCAAAAGCCAAAGUGGAAACAAGAAGCCAUUUCAUGUCCAUGAGGUGCAACUUCAGCUCUAUAUAACAAACACCGGGAGAGAUUCUGAUUCAAAAACCAAAUACAGAAGCAAAAGAUGUCUCAGAGUUGUGUUCAUCUCGUGUCUCUUGUUCUGGUGGUUGUGCUGUGUAUCUGCAUGGUCACUAGUGUUUCAGCCACAACAAACACAACAGACAGUUUGACCAGUGUACCAUUUCCCAAUGAUGAUGAUACUGAGGAUUUUCUAAACUCCCUAAACACCACCAGACAGCAGGACGAGUUCCCUGUGAACAUCACCACGAACCCUGACACACCAACAGAACCAUCUACCACAGUCGAGUACAGUUCCCAAAAAGAAGCUGCCGUCACAGGAUCUACUCCCAAGGUAACCCAAAAAACAGGAUCUACUCCCAAGGUAACCCAAAAAACAGGAUCUACAAUCACAGGAUCUACUACCAAGGGAUCUACCACCAUUGGAUCUCCUACUAAAGACUCUGGGGGCGGAGCUAAAGCUGCAGGGAUCUUCUUUCUCAUCUUUAUUAUCUUUCUCAUCUUCAUCCUUCUCAUGAUUCUGUACUGUAUUUGGAAGAAAGGAAAGAGAUACUCCUUUGACCUGAAAUAUGGUGAACAUGACACUCCUCUUCAGUUCAUUGACACAACAGGAACCUUCGAACAAACCAAAGGAUCUACUAUGAAUCUGGACUACAUCAUGGAGGAGAAUCCGAACAAAACCACCCAAGUGGCUAACGGAUGUUCUGGAGAGACUCCAGACCAGACGUCAACUUCUGAGCAGCAGAAUGUCCCAGAGGAUGACAGCUUUACGUCUGAUCUGGGCCUGAUGUCACCGGUGAAGAAGGUGGACUUUAAUCUGGAUCUGGACUUGAUUAGCGCAGACCCUGAAACGGAGAAACAAACCACAGAGGAAACUACAGACAAAGGCAACGAAAACAACAACAACGACACGAACACUGGAAACGAUUCUGCAGACCUCUUUACUGAAAUUAACCUGGAUGACAUGCAGUAAAUCCCAGAGUCUCUUUCCUGACUUGAGGCCCAACUCCAAAAGCCUGUCCCGUAUUCCUCCAAAAAUAGUUUCAAUGUUACAAAUGUCAAAUAUAAUAAAUAAUAAGGAAUAAUAAUGAUAAAUUCCUCCCCUGGUGCCUCAGGGUCCUUAGCGACUGCUUAAACUGUGUUCAAACUAACAGGUGACGAGUCACUCGUGUCACGUGUUGUUUGUCUGAUGUGGACAUGAUGUGGUGUUUACAUCCAUCCAGAGAUUUUAUGUCCUACGAGAAAUGCUAUAAUCUUGUAUAGUCGACAGCGUACGAUUUACUGCACUGGAAUAUAUUUCAAAUAUAUUCUAAUAUUUUGCAGUGAUAAAAGAGCGAAAUUGUAUUCUUUUUUUUUUUUGCUUAACUUGUUGUGUUACAUGCCUGGCUUCAUAGGAGCUCUUAGCAGAUUAGCUUUUAGCAGAUUAGCUUUUAGCAGAUUAGCUCUUAUCAGAUUAGCUCUUAGCAGGUUAGCUAUUAGCAGAUUAGCUCUUAGCAGGUUAGCUAUUAGCAGAUUAGCUCUUAGCAGGUUAGCUAUUAGCAGAUUAGCUCUUAGCAGGUUAGCUAUUAGCAGGUUAGCUAUUAGCAGAUUAGCUUUCUUCAUAAUGCCUCACAUUUUAUCAGAAGAUAUAUAUAUAUAUAUAUCAAGGUCUCAUCUGAGGAAUCAUUUGAGCCGACGGUUUAGUUUUAAUUGCUUCAUAGAAUCGUAACUAAUUUACAUCGAGGGUAGAAAAUAAACCGGUUUCUUUGCCGCUCUGUAGUGUGAAUUCAGAAUAAUACUGCAGGCAACUGUCAACAACCCUGACUAAAUUAUUCCCUUUUAAAAUCCAACUCAGUGUUAAGAAUUUUUCAGCAGGACAACAGACAGAACGUCGGCGAGAGUUAACAUCAGACACACAGUCCGAUCCUACAGAAGGAGUGAAGAAGAACAUGAUCUUUGUUAUAAUGUUAGUGACGACCUAAUUACAAAAGGACUUUUUUUUUGAGUAUCACAUCCAUUUUCUUUGUUUGCUUGAUAUUUGUUUAUCAUUUUCAUAAACUGUAAAUUUACUAGAUAUUGAAUAAACUGUAAGGUUUCCUUUGGUUUCUCUACUCAGCUAUGCUAGUUGUCAUAAUAAUGUAUUGUGUAAAUGUGUGUGGGUUUCUAGGGUUACGUUGUAAUAACGUUGAAUAAAUGAAUACAAAAUAAAUAAAUGCAAGUAUUAAAUAGUUUAA